AUGCCCUCCACAUACAAGAAGGAUAAACCCUGGGAUACAGAUGAUAUUGAUAAGUGGAAGAUCGAGGAAUUCAAACCAGAACACAAUGCGGGCGGCACAUUCACGGAGGAAUCAUCUUUCGUCAGCUUAUUUCCCAAAUACAGAGAAGCAUAUUUAAAGGAAACAUGGCUCAUGGUCACUAGAGCACUGGAAAAGCAUGGCAUAGCCUGCACGCUUGACUUGGUUGAAGGAAGCAUGACUGUGAAGACCACUCGAAAAACCUUUGAUCCGGCUGCGAUCCUAAAUGCGCGGGAUUUGAUUAAGCUGCUUGCGCGAAGCGUGCCAGCACCACAAGCCUUAAAAAUUCUCGAAGAUGGUGUAGCUUGCGAUAUCAUUAAAAUCCGAAACCUAGUGAGAAACAAAGAGCGAUUUGUAAAGCGACGCCAGCGCAUCCUCGGACCGUCAGGCACCACCCUAAAAGCCCUCGAACUUCUUACAAAUACUUACAUCCUCGUGCAGGGGAAUACUGUGUCCGCCAUGGGCCCAUACAAGGGACUAAAGGAAAUUAGAAGGGUGGUGGAGGACUGCAUGGCCAACAUUCACCCAAUCUAUCAUAUUAAAGAAAUGAUGAUCAAGAAGGAACUCGCGAAAGAUCCCAAACUUGCAAAUGAAAGUUGGGAUCGAUUCUUACCGCACUUCAAGAAGCGCACGCUAAGCAAGCGAAGGAAACCGUUCAAGGUGACUGACAAGAGCAAGAAGGUGUAUACACCAUUCCCACCAGCUCCGGAGAAGAGCAAGGUUGAUCUACAGAUCGAGAGCGGUGAAUAUUUCCUCAGUAAGCAGGCGAAGGAACGGGCUAAGAAAGAGGAGAUGAUGGAGAAGCAAAGGGAAAAGAGAGAAAAUAAAACAAGGGAGUUGCAAAAAGACUUUGAGCCACCCAAGGAGACUGAUGUGGCUGAGAAGAAGAAAAAGAAACGGAAACGGCAUGAUGGCGAGGGAAAGGAGGGAGAGGGCGAGAAGUCGGCUGAAAAGAAACAUAAGAAGUCAAAGAAGCCAGUGCGGGAUGCUCCUGCGGCUGAAGCGGAGGAAUGA